CCUGAGGGGGUUGCUGCAAGGGGCUGAGCAGCAGUCAGAGGAGUCAGAGGAGGGGGUGGAAGAGAACACAAAGAUAGAGCGCAUGUAACACACACAGACACAGAGAGAGAGAGAGAGAGAGAGAGAGAGAGAGAGAGAGAGAGAGAGAGAGAGAGAGAGAGAGAGAGAGAGAGAGAGAGAGCAAUAUCGUCGGAGGAUGCCUUCGGGCUCGCAAGUUGAUGGCAUGGAUACCGCAGUAUUUGAGCGGUUUUACGAUGCCCAGGAAGCGUUAUCGAAGAUGACGCUGAGAGAUGCAGGCGCGGAAAGAGCCGGAGGCGGCGGGGAGAGUAAUACUUCGCCGGGAGAGAACAAGGCUUGGGGAGGGGCGUCUCUUGUGGAGAGAUCGAGAGGGGGGGGGGGACAAGGCAGAGGUGGUGGUGAUGGCGAUUGCUGCCUCAACCUGGAUAUCGAGAGUCCGCGGCUGCGACUAGGGGGGAAUGCUGGUGGGCUGGAAGGGUUGUCCACGACAGGGGCAGGGCCACCAGGUGGAGGUAUAAGUAGAGGUGGAGGUGGUUUUGGGAUAGCGACAGGGCAGCAGGGGCAUGUCCAAAGCCAUCAGCAGUUCCAUCAUCAGCAUUUUCAACAACAGCAGGCGCAGCAUCUCAAUCAUCAUCAAGCUUAUCCUCCAGCUCAUCACUUCCAUAAGCCAAGGCAAAGUAGCGACGAGCUCGCGGAUUUUCCCUGGGCACAUGGCGGAGGUAGCGGAGCUAGCGGGGAAUUGGCAAUAGCUGCGGGGGCUGGGGAUGGCGGGGGAUUGCACCGGAAGCAGGGCAGCGGAGGCGGCGCGGCAGUCGGAAGUGACGGCAGUAGUGGGAGUUAUUCAAGAUACGAAAACUGCUUGUCCGAUUUGUCCCCUGUCGGAGGAGCCGGAUGUGGUAAUACAACAAAAGGCGGGUUCGAUCAUCACCGCAACGGAGGGGGAGUAGAUACGUCGAGAGAGUUCGUGAAUGGCAUUCAUCAGCUUCACCAUCAUCAUCGUCGUCAAGGGAGUGGAAGCGGAGAGCUGGGGUUGGCGGGGUAUGUGAAGCUGGAUCAGGAACUGGACUCGGAGGAGGAUGGGGGUUUGGGAAAGGGAGGAUAUGUGGGCAAAGGGGGGGAAGGGGGGGCCGGAGGUUCGCAAACUGGGGUGGUCAAAGAAGAGAGGGAGAUGGGCGAGAGAGCCGCGGGGGGGGUUGGUAGCGGCGGCGGAGGGGUUAGCGGCUGUCUCUUAUACACAUCUAGAUGUGUCAGGGGGCACGGAUGCUGGGGUGAUAGCGAUAUGGUAAUGUCGGCGGGGGACACGGAAGGAGAGGACUCGAGCUCUGGCCAGAAGAGCGGGGGAGGGAAAUCUCCAGGGUCGGACAACGACACCGGGCAAUUGACUCAUGGCAGCGCCAGCGGGUCGAGGUUGGGAAGAACGAAGAGCGGGGCGGCUGGAGGGAGGGGAGGGGGAGGAGGAGGAGGCGGAGGAGGAGGAGGUGUGCUGGCGCUCAAGGAAUGGUAUGAAAAGCGUGUAGCCCUCGCCAAAGCCACGAACAAAACGGAGGCUCCACCAAAGCUGAAGUACCUCAGGAAACUCGUUCUUGCAAGCUGGAAGCACAACGGCGCUGGUGCUGCUGCGAUAUUCUCUAUGUUGUCGAAGCGGCCGGUUCUCUUAUCCCCAAUGGUAGCAUUGAAAGCACUCAUUAUAAUUCACAAGCUUAUGCAGCAGGGGUCUCCUGAUUCAUUAUUUGCUUGCCAUGGCAAAAUCUCCCUUUUGCAAGAUGUGGCAGGCACAUGGUCGACUAGUGGCGUGGCAUCUGGAAACACGUCUGCUUCUGCUGCUACCACUGGCAGUGGAGGUAAUGCUGAGGUGGUAGGGACGGCAGCUGGAGCAGCAGACACUUCUCGUGAUACUGCUGGAAUGGAUGCAUACCGGUCCUUGAUUACCACCUAUGCGCUGAUUCUUGCGGACAAAGCUGCGUUUCAUCACCGGUUCCCAGCAUAUGAGAACAACUACUCUGUGAAUUAUGCUGUUUCAUCCUGUGGAAGCAAGGGAUCGGUUACUGGAGGAGUCAGCUGUGGCAUGCAUGUAGCAGAUGGUUGUGAUUCACUCACUCCUGAUGCUCUGGCAUGGUUACAGAGAAUUCAAGACCAGAUUUUGCGGGCACUUGACGAGGGGUUUGAUUUGUUAAACCGGAAACGCGCAAGUGUGCAGGAUAAAGGGAGUGGGGCUGCUUUUGGAAGUCCCAGUCCUGCAAAUGGUACUCCCACCUGUGUAGGCGUGUAUUCAGGCACUGGGGGUGAGAAAGGCAGUGGCCAAACCGAUGCGAUCGGGCUAGUGGUUUCUGCCCUUGUACCCCUUUUAAAAGAAGCCGAUCUUGUCUAUGACAUCUGCUGGCACCUGCUUAUAGUGCUGACUGCGAAUUCAAGCUCAGGUGACUCGUCUGGAGGAAGUCAGAGCAAUUCACAGACUGCAGGAGGUAAAAAUGAGCUGUCUACAAUGAUUGUGAAGUUUGAGGUGCAUCAUCGCCUGCUACGGAAACUUUUUGAACAGGCCAGGUCAGAGAUUUCAAUUGUCGGGACUGUUGUGCCACCAGAGCUACCAGCUGAACCUCCACGUCUUCCAUCGCCAAUGGAUUCACCUCUCCCAUCCCCAAGAAGAAGGUUCCCCCAGCGGCAUAACGUGAGUGGACUUGGAGGCGUCACAGACCGUGAACGCGAAGCCGUUUUGCAUGCGACUUCAGGAUAUCAGGGGAAAUUGCCUGGCAUCAGAGGCGAAGAGGAGGCUGUUCUAGCAUCUGAUCACAUGCGUCUGCAACCAUCAGCAGUGCAUUUGAGGAGAUCAUCCUCGGAUUCACCGGUCGAAGGGGUCUUGAAUACAUCUUCAGCUGAUGAUUUGUGGAUGAAUGUCUCCACUAUGUGGCAGGGGUCAGCAUUUUUACAUAAAAAUGGUGGGCGGGUGAUGGAUGGGAUUCCCACUGACGGAGGUGGUACGGCUGGUGUUCAGGCUGAAGUGGGUGGAAGGGGUGGAGGGAUGGGGGACACUGUCAGCCUUGCUGGUGGAGGAAGGGUGCCUGUUGCUCAGGGCCCUCUUAUGAGUCCACAUAUAUUCCCAGGACGGACUGAGGAUGACAGGAGAGGUGCAAGCUGUAUCACAAGCAGUACUCCCGAGGGUUGUCCAUUUGAUGCCAUGCAGGGCUUUCAGGGUGGUACAAGGGCUAGUAGGGUGUCUGGACCAGAAGCUCUUCAUAUGCAUAUAUUGGGUAAUGGUCCUGGUGCUGGGGCAACAGGGCUAAGAGGGAACACUUUGGAAGAAGCAGGCCCUUCUCAAGAAGGGCAGGACAUGGCAAGGAGAUGGGCAAGUUUUGAUGGUAAUAUGUUCUUCAUGGGUCAUGGAAGGAAUGGUGGGUUUGGAGACCUCACUUCUGGGGAAGGAGGCUUUACAAGGGGAAUUCCUGAUGGCGUGGGAUUACGGGUUGGGGGGGAUGUUAUGCCUGGAAGCGCACCUUUUGAGAUGGGGGUUUCCAUGCUGGGUGUCGGCAGUCCCAUUGAGCUGGGCCCAACAGUUGUCCCUGGUAGCCCCUUACCACCAGCUGGGAGAGGGGGUGAAGACGCGUCAGCAUAUGUUGCAUCGCCUUUAGGGUGUCCAGACACAUUUAAUUUAGGGCCAUGUAUGAGAAUGAACGAAAAUGUGACAGGUGUGGGAAUGGGCUCUGGAUCACUGAUAGGAUUUGGCGUUGGUGGUGCAGUACAACUGCAACAGCCACAGGAUCCGCAGCAGCAAUAUCAGAACAUGAUGCUUGAACACCAUCAGACACAGGGUCAGCAACAGUUCGACUUCCAGCAGCAAAACCAACAGUUCGAAUUCCAACACAUUCAGCAGCAGAUGCAAGGGCAACCGUUUGAAUUUCAGCAGCACUUUGAGCCACAAAUUAUCCUCCAACAGCAGCCACAGCAACAUCAGCAGCAGCAACAGCAACUACAACAGCAGCAACAGCAACUACAACAGCAGCAACUACAACAGCAGCAACUACAACAGCAACAAUUACAGCAGCAGCAAUUACAGCAGCAGCACUUACAGCAGCAGCAGCUCCAGCAGCAGCAGCUCCAGCAGCAGCAGCUCCAGCAGCAGCUGCAGCAGCAGCAACAACUACAACUAAAACAGAAACAGCAGCAAUUGCAGCAGCAGCAGCUUCAACAACUGCCGCAGCAGCAACAGCUGCCGCCACCACCACAGCAGCAGCAGCAGCAGCAAGUAGGUCAAUAUCAUAUGGGAACGACGCUGUGCUAUCCAGUGUCACCUGUGAUGGCACAUCAGCAACAAUCACAGUUACCACCAUUGCUGGAUCUUCUGGAUGGGCCUAUUUACAAUCCACCUGCAGUUGUUAUUCAUAGUCCUGAACUCAAGCCUGUCCAGGCCUUGCAAACUCAGCCACCAGCACUGGUUUGUGGCAACGCUGUAGCCCAACCAGAGCCGGCGGUAGGUAGGAUGCUGCCUGCACAGAUGAAACUAGAUGUUCCUGUUGUAAGCCCCUUGCAGCAGGGGGCAGCAGCCUCCACACCCCAAACGCAAUGUGCGAGGAAUGCUGAUCUAGACUUUACUGUGUUGCAAGGACCCAACUCCUGGUCUAUGGGUGGUUCCAUGUCUGAUUCUGCCGCUUGGGGGGAACCCUUUGGAGAGGAGGGUGAGGACAGUGGUGUGGAUGGAGAACAGGCCAACCAAAAGGGAAAAGGUGGUGCCAAGCUCAACAAGUCUGGAAGAGUGGACAAGGUUGAUCUAGCUGAUUGGGAAAUACCCUUCGAAGAGCUGAAGCUAGGUCCGAAAAUUGGGCAGGGGGCCUUCGGUGAUGUUGUUCGAGGAGUGUGGCAAGGCACAGAUGUUGCUGUCAAGCGCCUCCAAAAUGUGGUCCUCUCAGAUGGGAACAAGGAACAGGCAGCGGAGGACUUUCGGAGAGAGGUUGCUUUGGUACAUAAGCUGCGUCAUCCAAAUGUAAUACUCUUCAUGGGUGCAUGUACAAUCCCUCCAAACCUGUGUCUUGUCAUGGAGUUCGCAGCCAAUGGAAGUCUCUAUGGUGUAUUGAGAAAUCGAAACAUCAACAUUGAUAUGCCAACUGUCAUACGGUGGGCCACAGAGGCUGCUAGGGGGAUGAAUUAUCUGCAUAUGCGGAGCCCACCAAUUGUGCAUAGGGAUUUGAAGAGUGUCAACCUCUUGGUUGAUGCAGAUUGGCAUAUCAAAGUCUCCGAUUUUGGGCUCGCUAUGACGAAAGCGAACAGCUAUGCAUACUCACAGGUAGGGACCUGGGGCUGGAUGGCACCAGAAGUCUUAGAGAGUUCGCCUUAUGAUGAGAAGGCAGAUGUGUACAGCUUCGGCGUCGUUCUUUGGGAGAUGAUCACUAGGGAGGAGCCUUUCAAGGGUAUGCAUCCAAUGCAGAUUAUGAGGGCUAUUGACAGAGGAGAGCGGCCUGUGAUCCCAGAGUCGUGCUUUCCGAUGUACAGGCAACUGGUUUCAGAUUGCUGGCAGCCUAAUCCGAAACGGCGGCCAACAUUCGAUGAAAUUUUGGAGAGAUUGGGGUCAAUGGCACAAGCUGUGGCCGGUCAGCAUCACCAUCAAGUUCAGCAGAGAUAAUGGUUGCAUUCCCCUGCUUUCUCAUUCUUCACGUCAUGUCCAUAUAUAAAUUACUUCAUCGGAUCGAGCUCAGUUUGGUCUUGCCUCAUGAGAGUGUCCGACGGUGAUAUCCUCUGUCACGAUAGCCUUGGCGGGUAUGAGACUAGGCAAAACAAAACAAAGCACAAGCACAGCAAUUGAAAUUGGGAAAUUUUGGAUGAGUCCAGGUCUGUUGCUCUGUUGCUGAACACACGACUCAGUGAUUGGUUAUCGUCCUGGGCUAAGAACUCAGAAGGGGGCUGCCUUCCUUGUCGAUCAGAAGAUGGAACUGGGGAUAGCAUACCCAAUGUAGUUGAGGUGAAGUUUGCAGGCCAAUUGUCUUCCUGGAAGUUAAACAGCUCACUUCAGCUGAGCUAAAUCUCACCUCACUUGGCCUUGUGGCAGUCGAGCUCUUCACUACCUAGAGUUGUUCAUGCUCUUGGUAGAAAUUGGGGACUGAUCUUUCAGCCAUGCUGGCUGCUGGACCUAUCCGCCAGAGGUUAUGCAUGAUGUGGGAGCCCUCCGCAUGUGUAGCUGAGCACAAAUUGACACCAGUACCAGGUCUUGUUCUUAUUGAAUGUGUGGCAAUAGGGACACCUUGUCCCACGAGCACGGAUUGAAGGAGUCCCAUGUUCGUGCAGCCAUGAAAUAGUUGCACCAUAUGGGGAACCGACUUGCCGUGUGAUCAAUCCACCAACUUAUCCCAUCUCACCUGAGGCGGUAAGAUAUGGAUCACCCACCUCCAGGAAGGUAGUCUUUAAAGCGGGGAAAUCACUCAUGGAAAUUCGACGCGAGAACAGUAACCAGUCUACUCGCGCAAGGUCUGGAAAGUCUUCUGUAGAUGAGCCACUUUUGAGAAGGUAUGUGCAAGAUUCCGAAAGGAGUUCAGCAAAUCAUGACUAGUGUCUACUGAGAAGUGGAGGCUAAAGAAUGGACCUGUGCUGGGGAUACGGCAGUGUCGCCUGUAGAUAGGAGAUGGUGUGUGAAAGUGCAGUUGAUAAAAGCUUUGUGCUUUACAUUUGCAAGCUGAGAUUCUUGUCGUAUAUGGACUAUCAUCGUGUUCUAAUUGUUGAUCUGGCCAUUGCCGGUGGCCAUGAGGUGAUACUCUUUCAGGCCUUGUCACAUAUGGAUGGAUCUAUCAACUCUGUCUCUGCAUAGGCUGCCCCACAGUCCUACGCAGUGAGCACGCACCAUUUCUCUUUCCAUGCACCCUCCUCAGAUCUUUUCCCCCUUCCUCCCUCAUGUACUGUACCUUUCGGCAGCUGUCCUCCUUAGUAUCACCCUGUCGUCUUUCCAGCUGCCCAAAGCCGUGCAAGUGUUUCCCCCUCGUCAACACCCUCGCUUGCUGUCUUGUCAGGUGACGAUCAACACACGCACACGUUUACUCCUAACGCCCCUCUCUACACCAUCUCCUCAUCUCCUCCCUGACUUGCACUGUCCUCUCUGACCCUGAAAUUUUUAGUGGCAAUCAGCUAUGGGUGAGGCAACAGCAAGGCUCUUUUCGCUUUCGGACGUGGUGUGAAUGAUAUUUUCCUGUUGUGAAAUCCAUAGUCUGUCUUGUCAACUUCAUUGAGAACAAACAGGCACUCUUCGCAGCGCCUGUACCUCUCUUGUGAACUUCAUCACAAACCGACGGGCUCCUGCCAAUACCUUUCUUUCCAAAUUAUCACGAGCAGACAGGGUCUACUCUAUGCCUUCCUGCCCGGGAAGUUCUGUUCAUGCACAGCAUAUGAGCACGGUGCUGUAUUAAAUCCAGUAUGCACGUCGGCAUUGCUAAUUUCUAAUGGAGUUUUUCGGAUGGAUACCAAUCCAUGAUCAAUUAAGCUGGUUGGUUUACGUAUCUGGUAGAGUCCAGCUGAAAGGGAUGUACAUAUGAAUUCCUUUGUUGGUCAUUGCUUUGGUUGUAGGCCUGGCAGGAAUGUAUGUUCCCAGGCAGAUGAGCAGAUUCUUUGAAGGUUUCUAGAUAUAUAGUGACGACAACCAGCUUCUUCUUUUGUGCGUUGGCCUGCUCUGUUCUCAGGCCCUCUGCGCUUUGCUCCCGAGAUUGGUAAUCCAGGAGAAAGAGGGCAGUGUUCCCAAUUCCAGACGCCAUUCACUCUGAGAGAGAUUUAGAAUUGUAGCCCAUGAUUUGGUCGUAUCACAGUCAGGGAAUUGUUCUCCUCAGUGCCUCUCUCUUUUGACCAGUGUGUAGAGCUCUCUCUGGAAAUGUCUGUUGGCAGGAGGGAGCAUCGAUGAUGGCAUUGUCCUGUCUACAGGGGCUGUUGCUUUGCGAAAGAUUUGGCAAGGGAAGUAAUCAAAGGACCUGAGGUACAGCUAGGAAGUGCCAGGGGAAAGCCAAUAGAGUACAUCACCCUUGGGAGGAGGCAAAGGGAUGGAGCAGGGGAAGGAGGCAGAACAGGGAGGUAUGGGCCACAUCCAUUUUUUUAAAGAAACUAUGCAAGUUCACGAUGGUCAAUUCUAGUCGAAAGUCGACUGCAAUUAUUUCUUUUUACAGGUUCUGUAGCCCUUUUGUUGUGCUUGUGUGUGGUUUUCCUUGUCUUUCACAUCCUCAUCCCCAUGCUUUCUCCCUUCAGAACUGCAUUAUGAUCUCAGGAUUAACGAGGUAAAUGGUAGUAUAAUGUGAUGCCUGUCAAUAGCUUUUGUUUGUAAAGUAUGUUCGGUAGCGGAUUAUGAACGGUGAUUGCAUCGAAAAGCCUGCGUGAAUGGUACCAUUGUCCCCUGGACGCAUACACCUCG